AUGCGAGCGAAGCGAGCUAGUGGAGCAGCUAGUGGAGCAGCUAGUGGAGCAGCUAGUGGAGCAGCUAGUGGAGCAGCUACUGGAGCAGCUAGUGGAGCAGCAGUUGCAAGUAAUUGGAGCAGCACUAUAUCAAUAGGAGCAGCAGUUGCAAGUAAUUGGAGCAGCACUAUAUCGAAAUUGCCCCUCACUGAGUUUUGGCUUGCAAAAGGCAAUCAAUUCGAGUUCAUCCUUGUUAGAGAGACCAUCUUACUCAUUGCAUCGCACUUGUGGGCACCUCAUCGCACCUCAUCGCAUGCAUUUGGUAGCACUAUAUUUAGUCGUGCCGCCCUACGACACUAUCGAGUAGAGACUACACCACUGACUACACCACUGACUACGACACUGACUACACCGACACUGACUACACCGCUGACUACAACACUGACUACGAUACUGACUACGACACUGACUCGUGUGUUUUCCACCUAUGUACCGAUACAUAAGACAAAUAUACCAUACAAAAACUAUGUCAAAGAGAAAAAUUUUAUGUCAACUAUCCAAAACUUAAACGCAUUUGAUCCAUUCGCCGAUACAGGUGAUUCAGAAGCCCAGCCAACAAAUUAUAUCCAUAUUCGUAUUCAACAACGUAACGGUAGAAAGACUUUAACCACAGUUCAAGGUGUACCUAAUGAAUAUGAUUUAAAGAAAAUUUUAAAAGUUUUGAAAAAAGAUUUUGCUUGUAAUGGUAAUAUUGUCAAGGACGAUGAUUUAGGUGAAGUUAUUCAAUUACAAGGUGACCAAAGAACCAAGGUUUCUGAGUUUUUGACUACUCAACUACAACUUCCAAAGAAAAACAUCAAAAUCCACGGUUUUUAA